AGCUUUGAGCCUUUGACCCGUUGACACUCUACACUCCCACCGGCCUCCCGCCGCCUAUAAGAGGCCGUUUCCGUUGUCCUGUCAUUUCUCUCCUCCAGAAAACUCGGAGAUUGAGAACGUUACAGUUCUUCUCUCCUGCUACUCUAAUUUCUUGAUUUUAGCUUCCGAAAUCGCGACCUCUCAGGCCACUUUAGUCCUUUUCCUGGCACUGCUCCUAUCCUACCGGCCUCUGUACGUCCACCGGAUCUCUCCUGCGUCCUUCAUCUUCGAAAACACUACAUUUUAGGUUUGUUUGAUCUGGUGGGAUUAGAUUUUCGGGGAAAAUGGAGAAUGAAGUUUCGGGGGAAGCGAAGCAGUCGUCUUCCUACAGAUACUGGGUUCGAGAAACCACUGACGCCGCGGCACCACCCCCGGUUCCCCGCAAACUCUCUGCUGAUGAUCUGACGAAGCAGCAACAGCCUGCACCCUUGGGUUCGGUUUGGAAUCAUGCAGGAACUUGGGAAGAGAGGAAUCUUAACACAUGGGCUACAAGCAGGAUAAAGGACCUGCUUACUUCAUUGGACUCUUUAGAAUUUUCAGGGGGCAAAGCAGGCAUUUCAGAAGUGACAGAGUGCAGUGGAGAUGCAUUCCUGGUGACAGUGCGCAAUAAGAAGCGGGUUGGUUACACCUAUAAAAUAUCACUGAAGUUCAAAGGAGAAUGGCUGGUUAAAGAGGAAAAUAAAGCUAUGAAGGGCUUCAUAGAUAUUCAUGAGUUCUCCUUUGGGGAGCUUGACGACUUGCAGAUUGAAGUUAGAUUGAAUGAGGAGAAAGAUCUGCUGGAGGACGAGAGGUUAAGAAUAUUGAAUGAUGUUAGGUUGUUCUUGCCAUCCAUCCGCAACCAACUGUCAAAAUUCGAAGAGGAGCUCAAGGACAGGUAAGAGGGCCUGAUUUAGUCAGGCUUUUCAAUAGCCACAGGCUCUCCCUCUCUAUGGAAUAUGAUUCAUUUGUUGGUUAUCUCAUCAUGUUACACAUCCGCAACAAACUGUCGAACUUCGAAGAGGAGCUCAAGGACAGAUGAGAGGGCCUGAUUUAGUCUGGUCUCUCAAAAGCCACAGGCUCUUUCUCUCUCUAUGGAAUAUGAUUCAUCUGUUUGUUAUAUCAUGUUGUUAGAUAAUUUAACUCUUAAAUCUUGUUACAUUUAAUAUCCCAGGAAAUGAGAGACACGUGUGCAGUCAAA